CCAACAGACAUCUGGAUCUGCGGUUACCAUAAAUCGGGCAACACUUGGCUCUCGGAAAUCGUGUCAUUAAUAAUGGCCGACGGAGUGGUGGCCAGAGUGCGGGAGCAGCCAAUCAGCGAACGCGUGCCCAAUAUAUUUUAUAAUAGGAAAGUUGUUGUCCAUGACUACAACAAUUCCCUGCGUUGGUUCGACGGGUUACCAGAGCCUCACAUUGACUUUGAAGACACGUGUCGGCUGUUUAUCGACGGAAACCUAUUGAACGGCGAUUGGUUACAACACGUGACCGACUAUUGGCUCACGUAUGGCUCAAAUCACGCAAACGUAUUGUUUGUGGCGUACGAGGAGUUGUGCGCAGACCUGCCGGCAAUGGUCCGCACAAUUGCCCGUUUUCUCGGCAAAGACUUUACCGACGAAACGGUCGAUACGAUUGUCAAUCACUGCACGUUUGAAUUGAUGAAAGACAACCCAAUGGCCAAUAGGUCUGAACAGAUGGAAAUUAUUGGCAAUUCCGGCGCCAAAUUCGUCCGCAACGGCAAAGUCGGUGAUUGGAUGCGACACAUGACUGACCGACAGUCGGCCCUCUUUGACGAGCGAUACGGACAACACUUGCGGGCGAUUGGACUCCGUGUCUGCGAUACUAUAGAGGAGGCCCAGCACUCCAUGUCUACCGACGGAUGGAUUGUUCAAAAAGAGGUCACUGUUAGACCGACAGACAUAUGGUUAUGCGGUUACCCAAAGUCAGGCAACACUUGGCUCUCAGAGAUUGUUUCCCUAAUUAUGGCCGACGGAGUGAUCGAUAGGGUGACCAAUCGGCCAAUAUCUGAGAGGGUGCCCAACAUUAUCUACUCACCGAAUAGUAGUCGAAAUGGCUGUUGGUUUGAGGGGCUAAUUGACCCUCGAAUUACUCUUAAUCAUUUAGACCUCAAAUAUUUACCACGUUUUGAUGGCAAAGAGGGAAAGAUGAUUUAUAUAAUCCGUAAUCCAAAAGAUGUUUGCGUUUCUUACUAUCACAUCAAUCAUAUGGUGAAACACACUGCCAUUGAUUGGGAUGACUGGUGUCACCUGUUUCUCAAUGGCCAGUUAAUGUUUGGCGAUUGGUUGUCACACGUGACCGACUUUUGGCUCGCGUACGGCACUGGGAAUCACUGCCUAAACGUACUGUUCGUAGCGUACGAGGAGUUGAUCGCAGACUUGCCGGCAAUGAUCGCCACAAUCGCCCGCUUUCUCGGCAAACAGUUUACGGCCGAAACGGUGGCCAACAUUACGACUCACUGUUCGCUGCAGACUAUGCGCGACAAUCCGAUGGCCAAUCACUCGGAUAUUAUGAACACUUUAGAUAAACCUUUUGUACGUUUGGGCAUAAUUGGCGACUGGAGGCGACACAUGACUGACACACAGUCGGCACUGUUUGACGAGCGAUACGGACAACAGUUACAGAAUAUUGGGCUCCGGGUGUGCGAUCAGUUGGCCGACGCUCAGACAUGUAUGCUCUCAUACAGACGUAUUAUUUCAUAA